AUGGGAGAAAGUGUACUUUGCAGUUGGGUCAAGGAGGAUUAUGCAAUGCUCCCAAAGAUGCCAAGGCAAGGGACCAAAGGGGAAGUUGGAUUUGAACUUUUGAAGCAACACAAUCAACACACGUUUGAAGGAAAACUGAUUCAAGAAAUUCGUGAGGAAUUGUUGGAGAUUGCUAAGAACUUCGUUGACCUUCUCAACCCUUUGGAUUUUUGGAUUGAAAUGUUCAAUGUCACGGCCAAAGUUCUGUGGACAACUUAUCUAAACGGAGGUUAUCUUUGGGCAUUUUUCACCAAAAGAUUGGAAUUCGAGGACAAAUUCUUCCCAACUUAG